CUGGAAAAGUCUCAGUAUACAAACUCCUGUUAGGUCGUCAUCACCAAGUUAAAAUUAUUCCUCACAAAUAUAUCUUUGUGUUCGAAGAUGGUCUUCAUCAACGAAAUUGAACCCGAAUUUUCAAAUAAAUUUUGGGAAGAAGCCAUUGAUAAUGAUAGCGGUUACUCUGAUGGUUACUCUGAUGUGAGUGGAGAGAGCUCACCAUCGCCGCAAUCACCUCGUUCUCCUCCAUUGUCUCCCGUUUCCGAUGGUGUUCGAUUUGUUUAUUUUCCCGUCGUACCAUACUACAUAAUUCCAGUCUAUCGGAGCGAUAUUCCACUCGCCAUUUCUCCCGCAUUCGAUCAGUACAGCGAAGAAGAAAAUGUCGAUUUUUCUAUCCAAACUCCAUCGUCGUUUGCCACUCCGCCUAUUGGACGUCUCAUCAAGUGGACUUUGCCACCACCUACAAUUCCGAAUUAUCCACUGCCUGAUUGGGAUCCAAUGCCCUAUGGCAUGGAACAAUUUUGGCAGUCGGCUUUUGCUUGGUUCUUUCGCCCACUGUGGGUCAACAGCGAUCAUCUAUGGACGCUGAGUCCAAUUUCUUCUCCUCCAGUCUGCCAAGUAUGGCCAUGGCACACCAUAACUUAUUCAGCUAAAGUUCGUUUCCAAUGUCCAUACAAACAUGGUUGGACAUCGAUGAAAGGCCGCGUGGUGUUUUGGUAUCGUAUGCGUCGCCAUGAAAACGUUAUUAUUUCGGAAGCUCAUUUCAAGCUUUAUGGCCAACAGUGCAAUCGAUGCUACAAAAAUCGCCAGGGUUUUCUCACUCCGCUGUGGUAUCACGAAGAAAUUGAGAAUGCUGUCCGUUUUCUAGCUUGUGAAGUGGCCAAAACUUAUUACGGUGGUGAGAAACUUCCAGUUCCACGUCGACUUCGCCAAGGCAAUCCGAGUAAACUUACUCAUCACGACCCAACUAGAUGCCAGGCUUGUGUCGAAGGUCUCUGCGUCGUUCGCUAUUCAUCGAAAUAAUAUCCUUUUCUUCUUUUAAAAAACAAUCCUCAUCAUGUGUUAGCUUUACGCAUGUACUUUUUUUUUCUUUUACAGUCACUUUAAACGAUUCUAUUGUGAAUGUCUUGAGUUUGAAACUUGGUUUAUAGAACCAAAUAAAAUCUUUAAUUUUUUUA